CGCCCUUCAGGGUCGAAGUCCCCGCCCACUUCUAGGAGUUUCCCAAAACCCAGCGCGGCGGUCGCCAGCCGCGCUAAGAUGGCGACUCCCAUGCAUCGUCUCAUAGCCCGGAGACAAGCUGAAGCAAAUAAGCAACAUGUAAGAUGUCAGAAAUGCUUGGAAUUUGGACAUUGGACUUAUGAAUGCACAGGAAAAAGAAAGUACCUACAUAGGCCUUCAAGAACAGCAGAACUAAAGAAAGCUUUAAAAGAAAAAGAAAACAGAUUAUUAUUACAACAAAGCAUUGGAGAAGCUAAUGUAGAAAGAAAGACCAAGAAGAAAAGGUCUAAGAGUGUAACCAGUUCCAGUAGCAGUAGCAGUGACAGUUCAGCCAGUGAUUCUUCAUCAGAGAGUGAAGAGACGUCUACCUCAUCUUCCUCAGAGGACAGUGACUCUGAUGAAAGCUCCUCCAGUUCAUCAUCUUCCGCUUCCUCCACAAGCUCCUCCUCAUCCUCUGAUUCAGACUCAGAUUCCAGCUCUUCCAGUAGUAGCAGCACCAGCACAGAUAGUAGUUCUGAUGAUGAACCACCAAAGAAGAAGAAAAAGAAAUAGAAUUGCUCCAUCCAUAUUGGACUAAUGGACUGAAAACAUUACUGUGAUUCUCAGAAGGGAAUUCAGAAUGUGUUAUGGCCAAAUAGGUUAACUGGCCAAUAUUUCUAGAGCUCAGAAGUUUCUAAAUGUUUUACAUUGUAAGAGCAUAAAAAGUAUUAAUAAUGGAUUAUAUACAUAUAUAUAUAUAUAAAGACUUUUUUUAUUUGAGGGAUGAAUCUUGUUUUUCUUUUUUAUCUUUAAAAUAUAUCUCUAAAAUUAAUCAAAGCUGAAAUCUAGUAAAUCUGUUUUUGUGAUGAAACCUAUCUUUCCUCCCCGUGAAAUAAAUGCCAUACUCUGUUCCAUGUUAGUGCUGUGUAUCAGACAUUUUUCAGAGUAAAGGAUCGUAAUAUCUGGCAGUGAAUUUCUAAUGCUUUUGGCUGUAUGUUAUUAUGUAAGAUUUAAUGCAUUAGAAGCUUAGGAGUUUUCCUACUGUUACUAAAUGUGCUCUAUUUUUGUGUUUAUGUUCAGAAAGUUGUUCUGACUUCUUGUCCUAAAUGGAAAGUUCAAGAAACCUAUUAAUACAUUUAUACCUUUUGGAUGGUACAAGUUUCAGGUUACUGUGUUUUAUCAUUCAUUUUCUUCUGGUUCUUAGAGUUACCCUUUUCUGAGGAAAAUUAUUCUAGAGGAACUUAAAAAAGAACAAAAAUUCUGAAACUACAUAGGAGUCUAGUCUUGGUGCCUUUGGAUAAAUUCAAUGUGUCAGAAAAGAAAGCAGUCAUUUAAAAAGCUAGCUUAUGUAAAAGGGAUAUAAAUACUUUUGUGUGUCAAUAUGCUAUAAAAGAUACCAUUCAAAGGGGUAGGAGGAAGAGAUGUAAUUUUUACAGAAAAUUAGAGUGAUGUUGGCUGCCUUUUACUAAAUUUUUUAAUGAAGUUUUCAUAAAGAUUGCCUUUUACCAUUUUGCAAUUGUGGUAUGACUAUUUAUAUGGUAACUCAUCAUAUAUGAGUCUGCUGCAUAAAUAUGAGUGACUUGGAUUAAUCUAGUGUGUUUAUAUAGCAUAUACACAGUUGAAAUCUAGCAUGAAAAUUUAAAAAGAAAUACUGCCAAGUAUUUCUUAAAAGUAAAAUACUCUAUCAUGAUGAAAUUAUUUGAUUUAACAUCACAUUAUUUUGUGGUGUGUUUUAAACUUUUUUGGAAAGAGGUAUCGUUUGUAGAAAAAUCUUGAUUUAGGUUAAAUAUAGGUUUUUAAAACUACAGAUGUUGUCUUUUUAUAUUUUUAUGAAAAAGCAGUAGAAAAUUACUUUUGAAGGAAAUGAACUUCUAUUUAAAUGUUUAAAUAUAUGUAUAUUGUCAGUUUAAAGAUCUAUAAUUACCUGUUUUACAGAAUCAUCUGCUUUCAGUGAUUAUAAAUACUCUCAAAAUAUCAUUUUUAAGGCUCUAUACAGAAUGUGUCAGUUGACGGGCAGAUUUGAUAAACUACUAAUGAAAUGCAGUUUACAAUGUUUGUAAUCUCUGUAAGGGCAAUUUUAGCAGUGAAAAAACUUGGAAGGGAAAUGUGUACAUAGGUUAUAUCACUUGCAAUCAAAUAAAACUCAGUUCGUGCUGAUGAGCUUAAGCUUC